ACCUUUCUCGCCAUGUUGUGUGAAGCGCGCAUGCGCUCUGUGGAUUGCAGACUGAGGUCGAUUAAAGGAUUUUUGACAUUUCCCUUCCAAUUAAUGGUCGAAAAUGCCGAAAGAUCACGAUAAAGAUGUGUAUCCAGAGCCUCCCAGUCGGACCCCAGUGGUGGAUAGGCAAUCGGUUCUGCCGAAUCCAGCUUUAAUACUGUCAAAGCUCUUCUACUACUCGGUGGAUUUGCCAGUGACUACAUUCAGAGACAUUGUCGAAGGCAUCCAGAGCGGUAAGAAGUCUCACUACUACCAUCAGAAGUUUCGCCGUGUUCCUGAGCUGACUCAGUGCCAGGAAGGAGAUUAUGUGUGCUAUUAUGAGGCCGAGAUGCAGUGGAGGAGAGACUAUAAGGUGGAUCAGGAGAUAGUGAAGGUGAUCCAGGAGCGUCUUCGGGCCUGCCAGCAGCGUGAGGGUCCCAGUUAUAGACAGAACUGUUAUAAAGAAUUGCAGCAGUUUGAGGAGGUUUCCAAGGCCUUUCAGUCACGCUAUGGGGAUCUUGGCGCGUACGCCAGCGCAAGAAAGUGUUUGAUGAAACAGAAGGAGAGAAUGAUGGCAGAGCAACAGACGGCAUAAACCUACAAACCUCUCCUUUGGCUUUUCUAUGUCAAUCUCUCUUAACUGUGCAUCAGUGUAAAAUAAAGUUUGUUAAAGUGACUUCUCAGUAGCUGUCAUUUAAUAAAAUCCCAUCAGUUUUAAAGUGGUUAUUACUACAAACCCAUU